AUGACUGCAAAAGAUAUUGCACCGGACGCCUCGGAGGCAGUAGCAGCCAUCGGUGGUACUACGGUAGCAGGUGGUGACAAGGUCGUGCUGAAACGCAAGAUCACACUAAUAAAUGGUGUUGGCAUUAUCGUGGGAACAAUUAUCGGCUCCGGUAUCUUUAUUUCACCGACUGGAGUGUUUAAGUACACGAGGUCAGUAGGAUCCUCGUUGGUUAUCUGGUCAUUGAGCGGAAUCCUGUCUACUCUCGGCGCCCUUUGCUAUGCGGAACUCGGCACAUGCAUCACACGGUCCGGUGGAGACUACGCGUAUCUGCUGGUCGCCUUCGGACCACUUGUUGGAUUUCUGCGUUUGUGGAUGGCCCUGCUGAUUAUUCGUCCGACUACACAGGCUAUCGUUGCAUUGACAUUCGCGCAGUAUGCAGUCAGACCGUUCUUCGAAGAUUGCGAGGCUCCAGAAAGUGCUGUUCGUUUGCUGGCAGCAGUUUGCUUAUGUUUCCUUACAGCCAUCAACUGCAUUUCAACGAAAUGGGCAAUGAAGAUCCAAGACGUGUUCACCAUCGCCAAACUGACCGCCCUGGUGUCCAUCAUCGUAGCUGGCAUGUACUUCAUGGGUACCGAGUCGCUCGAUAACUUCCGCAACCCCUGGGAAGGAGACUAUACGCUAUCGAGCCUGGCGUAUGCGUUCUAUUCAGGAUUGUUUGCCUUCGGCGGCUGGAACUAUCUGAACUUUGUCACCGAAGAGCUGGAGAACCCGUACAAAAAUCUUCCACGGGCUAUAUGGAUUGCAAUGCCGAUGGUCACCGGUAUAUACGUGUUCGUCAACAUGGCAUACUUCGCAGUGGUCUCGAGCCAGGAAAUGAUGGCAUCGAUCGCGGUGGCCGUUUCUUUCGGAAACCGCAUGUUCGGCUCCAUCGCCUGGUUAAUUCCAAUCUUUGUCGCUCUCAGCACGUUCGGUGGGGUCAAUGGAAUUCUGUUCACCUCUGCACGUCUGUUCUCCACCGGUGCCCAAGAAGGGCACUUACCUGCCUGGUUUUCGCUAGUGCACGUUGACCGUCAAACCCCGAUUCCGGCGCUGAUAUUCACUUGCAUUACUUCGAUCAUUAUGCUGCUUUCGGCCAACGUGUUCGUGUUGAUAAAUUAUUUCAGCCAAAUCCUUUGGCUCUCGGUUGCUGCCAGUAUCGCCGGAUUGCUCUGGUUACGAGUUUCGAAGCCCAAUAUGCCCCGACCAAUUCGGGUGAACCUAGCCCUUCCAAUCAUUUUCCUCAUAUGCUGCUUAGGGCUGGUGCUGUUGCCAUCGUUUACCGAACCAUUUAACUUGCUAGUUGGUCUUGCGAUUACGUUAUCCGGUGUGCCAGUGUACUACGUGUGCAUCGUAUGGCGUAAUAACAAACAAUCGAAAAACGUUAUCAUGCAUUGGAUCGAACGCGGCUGCCAGAUCCUGUUCAAUGCUGCCUUUGUUGACUGUCACCACGACCGGAAGAAGGAGCGGGAAUUUUCCGAAAUGCAAACGAGCAUCGAAGACAAGAGUGUUAGCCAUUAG